AUGCGUCGGUACAUCAAGGACAAGCAGGUGCUAAAGACGCUAGGGUGGGGAGAUGAUGAGGCGGACCAGGAAGCCGAAGACGAUCCUUUCGACCUGCAGUCCGGGCAUGGGUCUAGGACGGCCGGGCAGAUAUACGGCCGCCCUGCGGACGAGUCUCCGUUCAGCGUCCAGGUACAGCGGCUUGCUUUUCGCAGGGUCAGCGUUGCGUGGCACGAGUUUCUUCAGUUCGGCUCGACGCUGAGCGCGCCACCAAAAGAAGGCUCAACUGCUGCAGCGGCCAGGGACGAGUCUGUGGAAGAGGAGUACCGGCGUUGGAAGCAGAUGAGAAGCACGGAUAUCCAGGCCUCGCUCGAGCGACUGCAGGGCACAGGCGCCCGGUUCCGGGGCUGCCAGAAACCUGUUGUCGAAGCCAUCAUGCGGCAGGAGAGCCCUGUGGUUGCGAUCAUGGGCACGGGUAUGGGUAAGAGCCUGAGCUUCAUGUUGCCGGCGCUAACCUCGACUGGCGUGACAGUGGUUGUGGUGCCAAUACUGGCGCUGAAGAACGAUCUGAAGGACCGCUGCAUUAAAGCCGGGAUCAACUGCGUCGAGUGGGACAGCGAGCGGCCGCACGAGUGGGCUUCGGUAGUGCUGGUGGUACCAGAGUCAGCGGUGAGUAUGUCUUUCGAGGCAUUCAUCAACCGGCAGCGCGCCAUGGGACGACUGGAACGCAUCGUCGUUGAUGAGUGUCACAUUGCGCUGGAGUCCACCAAGGGCUGGCGGACCUGGGUGUUGAAGCUGCGCAACCUCGUCAAAGCAGAGACGCAGCUUGUGUAUCUGACAGCGACGCUGAAGCCGAAAGAAGAGAGCGAGUUUAUCCGUUUGAUGGCGCUACCACCAAAGGAACAGUGUGCAUGGUUUCGGAUGCCAACCACACGACCCAACAUUGCGUAUCAGGUGCACUGGUACAACAGAGAGGAGGAGGUAGAGGCAGAUGUGCUAGUGCGGCUGGUGCAGGAGAAGAAGGAGCAAUAUCCCCUCCCUUGCCAGAUCAUUGUGUACUGCGACUCCGUCCCGAGAGCCAAGGACUAUGCAGCGACGUUAGGGGCUGUCUGCUACCACCGCGAGGCUGGGACAGCAGAGGAGAAACUCCAGCUCUUGCGCCAGCUCACAGAAGGGCAACAGCAGGUGUUUGUUGCUACAAGCGCGCUAGGCCUGGGCGUGGACCACGGUCUUAUCCGCGUAGUGCUCUUUGUAGGGCAAGUUAGAAGACUGCGGGACUUGGUGCAGCAAUCAGGGCGCGCUGGCCGGGACGGAGCUAGGAGUGAGUCCAUCAUUCUUCGAGGCGCUUCGUAUAGCCCAGAGGGCAAGCGGUUGGCCGGUGGUCGAUACGUAGACAUAGAGCCAGAGAUCUAUGAGAUCGUCGAGGGCGGCUGCUGCAUCCGGGUCGUGCUUGACCGGGAAAUGGACGGGAACACCGCGCGGCAAGGCUGCGGAAAGGGAGAAGCGGCGUGCGGUUGGUGCCAGGAGCAGGGGGCCGACAGCGAGGAGGACAGCGAGGAGGACAGCGAGGAGGACGAUGACGGCAAGAGCAGUAAAGCUGAUAGCGACAGCCUGCGGCCCCGACGUACAACACGCAAUCGAACGCAGCUAGAUAGGGUGAAAGAUGCACGUGAGCUCUUCACGUGGACAGACGAGCAGAAGUCAUUUGGGAUCAAGCUAUAG